GCACAUCCGGGUCUUUGUUUGACGCUGUAUCCGGACGAAUUUAAGCUAAUGUCGCUCAGAACACAAAAAUCCUAAAUGAACUUCUGCUGGAUUUAAGCUCGGUUGACGUGUUUGGCUCUUUUGGCCGAUGUUGGAAAGAGUAAAUUGCAGUUUUGCGGCGCCUCUGUUCUUCCCGCCGCGUGUACCGCGCUGACUCUGUGCUUACAAAUGGCUUUUCAUUGUUAGCUUAGCUUUAGCCAUGCUCUCUGCCUCGCACUCUGUGCUGCGGUUUGCUCGCGACGGGGACCACGGCUACUUUUUACAGUAUUGACGUCUUUGUGCUUUUUAAUUUGAGGUUUUUUUUGCGUUUAUUGGCGCCUUAAUUGUCUGUCACAUCCAGUGUAACAGCGGCAGUCUGCAGAAACUUUGUUUUAAAGCGUAAAAGUCGCUGUUAGCUGUGUUAGCAAGCAACCGGCUAACUUUGAGGAAACGUCUUUUUUUGUGUGUUGAUGGUUUUGGUGUUGCGUUGACUCUGGCGGUGCGUUAAACUUUAACUGGAGAACACCGCUUGUUUCUAACGUUUCACCACUUAUUCAAGAACCAGAGUUAUUAUUUUUUGUGGUAUAAUUUGUCUGCCACGAUGGCUUCCUCCUCUGGAAACGACGACGACCUGACCAUCCCCAGAGCUGCUAUCAACAAGAUGAUUAAAGAAACUUUGCCUAAUGUCCGGGUGGCUAACGACGCCAGGGAGCUGGUGGUGAACUGCUGCACGGAGUUCAUCCAUCUCAUAUCCUCAGAGGCCAAUGAAAUAUGCAACAAGUCCGACAAAAAGACCAUAUCCCCGGAACAUGUCAUCAACGCUCUCGAGAGCCUUGGUUUCGCAUCGUACAUCACGGAGGUGAAAGACGUCCUGCAGGAGUGUAAAACUGUCGCUCUGAAGAGGAGGAAGGCCAGCUCUCGACUGGAGAACCUGGGUAUCCCAGAAGAAGAGCUCCUAAGACAACAACAGGAAUUGUUUGCCAAGGCGCGGCAGCAGCAGGCGGAGCUCGCCCAGCAGGAGUGGCUACAGAUGCAGCAGGCCGCCCAACAGGCACAGAUGGCAGCGGCAUCUGCCAGCGCCGCCCAGCAGGCCGGCUCCUCUCAGGACGAAGACGAAGAGGACGACAUGUGAUCCCAGGACGCCGUUCAGCUUGUCCGAAUCCCUUCGCGGGACAGCGUUGGCACACGAAUCUCUCAGCGCUGUCACCGGCAGAGACAUGAGGCGUGUUUGACCUGCUGGUAAACAUCAGUGUAACGUGGAUAAAUGCACAUCGGAGUGGACACUGACGAGAGAGACGAAGCGGGAUUUCAAAAGAGCCGCCAGUACCUGAAAAAGAUUUGGAUUGAGAGGCUGUUCAUGAAGUUUUUGAUCAUCUUUUCCCCCUUUUUCCCCCCCAGUUGCUUCUGUUUAAUUUCGUCUUGAUAUUCUUUUGUGAGUAAUUUGUAGAUUUGUCGUGGACACUGACGGCAGGCAUUGCCGGGGAUUUGUCAGUGAAUUUUGGUGAAAAUGCAGCAAGUGUCGGCUCCUUCAGGUACUGCACCAGAGCGCUUCCUUCUGUUAUCCGUUGAACUAGAUCACUGUUUGGUGGUUUAGGAGAGCUGCCCCAGGAUGAUCUCGGAGCAGCUGAUUUCUCCUUUCUUGUGGUUUAAUGGUCACUUUUACAAAAAAACAAAAAAACGGGGUUUCUCUACCCUCUCUUGCUAUAUUUGUUCAACAGAGGAUCAUUCGAGGGGUCAUGAAUAAAGGAAUUUUUUUGUUAACUAGAGAAAUAAGUGGACAUUUUGGUUAAUUUUAGGUCAUUCGGAUAUUUUCUGUUGCAUUUCCUUUAUACUUUAAACCACCCACAGUAUUGCUAAAUAGCUACACCUUUCAGAAACGGUAUAUUUUUGUCUCCUAGAACCAAAGAUAGAGGACAGACUAACAGCCCAGAGUUGGUGUUUUUUAAAGGUGUAGGUGCUAACUGUGACUCUCGUCGCUGACUCCAGGUCAGUGCAAACAAUGUUGAGGACUAUUAACCUUUGACUUUGUAAGAUGCUUUGAUAUCCAGGCUGAAUUUGUUAUUUCCCCUCUCGGGUGCAGUAUCGAACAUUUGCAUUGUGACUGUGGUCAAUCCUCAGUGUAAAGACAAGUAACCUAGUCGUGACACACAUUCACCCGCCUAUGCUACAAAGCUGUAUUCUUUAAGCAAUAAAGAAAACAUCUUUUAUAGACAAA